AUGGGUUACUGUGGCUGUGGAGGCUGUGGCGGCUGUGGCAGCUGUGGUGGCUGUGGCUGUGGCAGCUGUGGCUGUGGUGGCUGUGGCUGUGGCAGCUGUGGCUGUGGCAGCUGUGGUGGCUGUGGUGGCUGUGGCUGUGGUGGUUGUGGUGGCUGUGGCUGCGGUAGCUGCUGUGGUUGUUGUGGCUGCUGCAAACCAGUGGUUGUCUGCUGCUGUCGCCGUACCUGCUGCCGCUCCUGUGGCUGUGGCUCCUGUGGCUGUGGCUGUGGGAAGGGCUGUUGCCAGCAGAAGUGCUGCUGCCAGCAAAAGUGCUGCUGCAAGAAGUGCUGCUGCUAGGAUGGAUGCUUGUCUCUGGGCUUCUCCUGUAGGUAACUGAUAGAGGUGAGUCGG